AAUUGAUGGACCUAUUGACCUUGUCUACAGGUGCUGGUCUGCGUGCUUUCCAGCGGUCUGAACCAUGAGGACUGGCCAAGGGUGGUGUGUGACGACAUCCACAGACACCUGGAGAAACUGAGGAGCAAAGUGGUUACUCUGAAAGGCCACGCUGAAGGGCGCACCCUGCUGCCGUUGCCUCUGUCUGUGCAAAGGGCCCGACCUCAGGACGUUGCUCUUGGGUCAGUGGGGAAGAAUAAUUUACUUCCCUGGAUUUGAACUAAAUAGAUGACUGUGUUUUUGUUUUUAUGUCCUUUGCCUCCUUUCUUCUCUAGUCCCACUGGUUGGCCACUGGACUCUGGCCUAUUAUACUCUAUGGAAACUCUUAUAGUUCAGUGGUCAGGGCAAAUAUGGAAUGUUCUGAGAAAAGACUCUGGGAAGCUACUCCUCAGUGGAGACAACCCAGGCCCUAACAUCGAAAUUCAGUUUUGGACCACUCAGAGAGAGAACCUGGAGGGCAUUCACUUACAGAUCCAGAGCUCCAAAGUUCAACAGAUCAUGAAGAUCCUGAGAAAAGUCAAGAGCAGUUAUUAUUAUUCCUUUAAGUCUGUUUACCAACAGGUCUAUGAGGCAUUGCUGGAAGCAGAGGACAUAGAUGUGUAUCUGCGCCCUUUGAGGAAAUUGAUUAGCAGCUUUGAAGAGAAAAGUUUCCCUCAGGUCGAUGUUCUGCUGCCUUCACUUUUCCACACACUCUGUCUCAUCUGGAGCAACUCUCAGUACUACUGCACACCAGAGCGCAUGGUGGUCCUCCUGCAGGAGUUCUGCAACCUAAUCAUUGAAAAGGCUAUUGGCUACCUGAUCCCAGAGGAGCUGUUUAAGAUGGAGCUGGAGGAAGGCCUGCAGAGAGUCCAAAUAACUAUCUCAGUACUGCGCACGUUCAAGCAGUUGUUUCACACAUACCGUCAGCGUGUACCAGAGUACUACAAACGAGGGCAGGUCAUAAAGCAGUGGGACUUUCCCGCUGCUUUAGUGUUUGAGCGUUCAGACCACAUCAUGAAAAGGCUGCUGAUGAUUGAGGACAUCUUUGUAACAGCGCUGGACUUUCUGAAUUUGGAGAAGAUUGAACUUGGUGGAUCCAGAGGGAAGAUCCUCACUGAGAUGGUCUCCUGCAUGAGUGAGGAGUUCCAUGACCGCUGGCGGAGCCUGAGAGAGAGCAAAUAUGACCCCUUAGACUACACCAACGAAGUGAGGCCUGCUGAAAUCAUGGGGUUGUUUUUGAUAUCCCACCGCUAUUUAUUAAUUAAACCCCAUGUUUUGUUGACCAUGUUCAACCAAGAAAUAGACCACUGUCAGUCCAUCCUUGAUCAACACAAGGAAGAGUUGCAGUCAGACUCUGUGGUCUUGGGAAAGAACAUGCCAUCGGUGGCAGGAAACCUGAAAUGGUCACAGGAGCUUCGGAAUCGUAUUCUCGCCAUAAGGAGUAGCCUCUGCCAGCUGCCUCAUAUGCCUCUAGGGUCUCCUGAAGCCGAUGAUGUCUUCAGGAAGUGUGAGCGCAUUCUUGAGGUUCUGGAGCAACAUGAUGAGGAUCUGUUCACUAAAUGGACAGAGGGGUUGGAGGAGAUCUGUCAAACCCACCUGAGUGACCCUCUGCUGUCACUGGACACUGACAAUGGCCUGUACCAGGUCAACUUCAAUUCAGCGUUAACAUCAGUUCUGAGAGAAGUGAAAUAUUUGGGAAUGUUGAAGGAUCAACACAUUCCAAAAGCAGCUCUGCUUUUGUACUCCAAAAGAGAGAGACUCUACAUGCACACACAGACACUGACCUUGGUGACCCAGUGGUACAACCACCUCCAUGGGACCGUUCUGGCUGUGGAGAUAGGGUUGGUGAAAAGUGAGAUGGAUGAGACAAAACAACAACUAGAACCUUCUCUCAAGGAGCUCACCUGGGCCCAGGAUGAUCUUUGGGACUACAUUCAGACCACAAGAGACAUGGUGAAGAGCAUCUCGAGUCGUGUCCAGAACAGCAAAGCCAAUGUGCUGGCAAUCCAGGGUCUUAUGGGUAAAUUUAGCCACCAGGCCUUCAUCACCAGAAGAACCCCUGGCUCUGCUCUCCUCGUCUUCUCUGAAAUUGAGGAGAGUGUUCUCAAACAGCAUGACCUUAUCACAAGAACUGGAGAAAAGAUACAUGAGCUUUUGCAGACUGUGUCCACUGUGCUCCAGGAGAACCAGUCUCUACUUGGUGUCACAGACAUAGAAUCCCAGGAGUGGCAGGCCUACACAGACUAUGUAGAUCAGAUGAUUCUGACGGGCUUCUCCUCGGCAGUACGCUGCUCCCUGCAGUACCUUGUGGACAACACUGAUGCAGCCCAGCAGAUAAUGCCACUUUUUGAAGUCCAGCUCAUUCUCAAUAGCAAUGAGAUGACAUUUGACCCCUCACUGGACUUGAACUAUAGCAGUAACUUCUAUCAAAUAGUGGAUAAAAUGGUGACUGACAUCACAAAAAUGGCUUCCUUUAUACCCAGAGUGGCAAAGCAUAAACAGAAGGAAAACUAUCAGACUGACAUUAAUCAGAUGGAGGAUUUGACAGAAAUGUGCCACAUAAUCAGAUCUAGAGCACGGGCAGCCAUUACUAAGGUUAGUGCUGGAAAAAUCCACACUAGAGAGGAAUUCAAAAUCACAUGUUUUUUUUUUUGUUUGUUUCUCAGAUCUGAAUUCAUGAGGCAGUUUCUGCUCUAUGGCCGUGUUUUAAGUACAGAGGAAGCUGAGCUGUACGCUGACUAUGAGCUCAAAAAGAACCCACCGACUCUGGAUAAUUUCAAAGAUCAGAUUAACCUGUUUGAGUCUCUGUAUUUACGAGUGAGUAAGAUGGAGGACAGAAGGCUGUUCUGUGGCUGGCUGCAGCUUGACGUCAGACCUUUUAAGCACAUGCUGAUGAAUAUUAUCAAAAAACUGUCAUUUUUGUUCCAUUCUUAAACAUCGUCCUUUCUGUGUUUCCAUCUCAACAGCGUGAGGGAGUUAUCCUCUUUUGUGGAGACCACAACUCUAGGUCUUUCCAACACGGUGUCAGAUUGCGACUACAACGGUCUUGUUGACAUCAUGGGACACCUCAUGGCCAUACGAGACAGACAGAUCAGCAACGAGCAGCACUUUAAACCUCUCAAAUCUACAGCUGAACUCCUGAAGACCUACGAACAGCAGCUUCCUGAAAGCGUCUACACACAGUUGGAAGAGCUACCAGAGAAGUGGAAGAGUUUAAGGAAAAUUGCCUUCACUGUCAAACAUGAAGUGGCCCCUCUGCAGGCAAAUGAAGUCGCAGUUAUUCGCAGGAAGUGUGUGCGGUUCGAGGUAAAACAGCACGAGUUCAGAGAAAAAUUCCGAGACGAACUUAUAUUUAGGAUCUCUGUGGAGGAGCCUUAUAAAUACAUUGAUAAGGUACUUAUAGCUAUAGCUAUGAAUUCCUGCAGUUCUGAGCGUUUUUGCAUCAAACUAAUGUACAGUGCCUCCGAAUGUCUCCAGACCAACAGAGCAGUCGCAGCAAUGGAGGCAGAAAUGAAGAAGCUGCAGGACACAGCUGAUUUGUUUGAAGUCAACUUCCCAGAAUACAAGCAGCUGAGCCUUUGUCGCUCUGACAUCAUACUGGUCAAAGCAGUCUGGGACAUGGUUAUCUUCGUCAAGACUAGUAUAGAGGAUUGGACUAAGACUCCAUGGAAAGAAAUCAAUGUGGAGCAAAUGGAUAUGGAACUGAGGCGAUUUGCCAAAGAGAUGAAGAUGCUGGACAAGGAAGUGCGAGUGUGGGACGUCUACAUAGGUCUGGAAUCCACCGUGAAGAACCUGCUGACGUCUCUGAGAGCCGUCAAUGAGCUGCAGAACUCUGCUGUCAGAGAAAGGCACUGGCAGCAGCUUAUGAACACCACUGGGGUCCGGUUUAUAAUGGGUGAGGGCACCACCCUGGGGGACCUUUUGGAAUUACAGCUUCACCGUGUGGAGGAUGAAGUCAAAAACAUAGUGGACAAAGCUGUAAAAGAAAUGGCCAUUGAGAAGGUUUUGGCAGAGAUAACCAAGACAUGGAGUGUUAUGUCAUUGUCCUAUGAGACUCAUACAAGCACAGGAACUCCUCUGCUUAAAGCAGAUGAGAAUCUAAUUGAGACACUUGAAGACAACCAGGUGCAGCUGCAGAACAUCCUGAUGAGUAAAUAUGUGGAGUACUUCCAGGAGGAGGUGAGUGGUUGGCAGAGGAAGCUGAUGGUGGCUGACCUUGUCAUCUCCACCUGGAUGUCAGUCCAGAGAACUUGGGCCCACCUCAACGCCAUCUUUACCAACAGCCACGACAUUCGCUGCCAGCUGGCCAGUGAGGCCGAGCGCUUCCAGGGAAUACAUUCUGACUUCCAGACCUUGAUGACUGAGGUGGUGCAGAACAGUAAUGUGGUCGAGGUGACCAAUCAAACUGGCUACCUAGAGAACCUGGAGGCUCUGCAGCAGAGGUUGUCAGUGUGUGAGAAGGCCCUGGCUGAGUAUCUGGAGACCAAGAGGCUCACCUUCCCCAGAUUCUACUUUGUCUCUGCCUCAGACCUCCUGGAGAUAGUCUCCAGAGGCACACAACCUCAACAGGUGACUCGCCAUUUGCUGAAGCUAUUUGACAACAUAGCAGAUCUUCGCUUCAAGGACUCAGACAAAAAUUGCAGGGAGGAGGAUGAGGAGGCAGUUGCUAUAGGGAUGUACAGCCGAGAAGGAGAGUACGUGUCUUUCUCUGAGCCCUGUGUCUGUAAAGGACAGGCAGAGUGUUGGUUAAGUGCCUUGGAAAACACCAUGCGCUGCACGGUCCAGAAAGAGAUCCAGGAGGCUGUGGCUGCAUACGAAGACAAACCACGAGAGCAGUGGCUCUUUGACUAUCCUGCACAGGUUGGUCUUACUGGGAGUCAGGUGUGGUGGGCUACAGAUGUGGGUAUUGCCUUCAAGAGGGUGGAGGAGGGCUUUGAAACUGCACUGAAAGACUACAAUAAAAAACAGAUAACCCAGCUGAACUCACUAAUCCACAUGCUGCUCGGAGAUUUAACUCCUGGAGACAGACAGAAAAUUAUGACCAUCUGCACGAUAGAUGUCCACGCUCGGGAUGUUGUUGCCAGUCUCAUUGCUCAGAAGGUGACGACAGGACAGUCAUUUGCCUGGCUGUCACAGCUACGCCAUCGCUGGGAUGAUGAAACCAGACACUGUUACGUGAACAUCUGUGAUGCCCAGUUCCAGUUCAGCUAUGAAUACCUUGGAAACACCAACAGACUGGUCAUCACUCCACUCACUGACAGAUGCUACAUUACCCUGACCCAGUCUCUCCACCUGACUAUGAGUGGCGCCCCCUCAGGCCCAGCAGGUACUGGUAAGACGGAGACGACCAAAGAUCUGGGACGCUCCCUGGGCAUCAUGGUGUAUGUUUUCAACUGCUCAGAGCAGAUGGACUACAAGUCUAUAGGUAACAUUUACAAAGGCCUGGCUCAGACAGGAGUCUGGGGAUGCUUUGAUGAGUUUAACAGGAUCUCAGUGGAAGUGCUGUCAGUGGUAGCCGUGCAGGUCAAAACUAUACAGGACGCAGUACGGAACAAGAAGCAAAGAUUCCACUUCCUGGGAGAAGAGAUUGAGCUGAAGCCAACUGUGGGCAUUUUCAUCACUUUAAACCCUGGUUAUGCAGGAAGAGCUGAACUGCCUGAGAACCUUAAGGCUCUGUUCAGGCCCUGUGCCAUGGUGAUCCCUGACUUUGAGUUGAUCUGUGAGAUCAUGUUAGUGGCAGAAGGAUUUAUUGAUGCUCGGCUGCUUGCACGUAAAUUCAUCAGUCUCUACACUCUCUGUAAAGAGCUGCUGUCCAAACAGGAUCAUUACGACUGGGGACUAAGGGCCAUCAAGUCGGUCCUGGUCGUGGCGGGAUCUUUAAAACGAGAGGAUCGUAACAGGCCGGAAGAACAGGUGUUGUUGCGGGCACUGAGGGACUUUAACCACCCUAAGAUAGUGACCAGUGAUGUGCCCAUAUUUCUGGGGCUCAUCAGUGACCUGUUUCCUCAGCUGGAAGUGGCCAGGAAGAAAGAUCCUGAGCUGGAGAGUGCAGUUCGCCAGUCAGUCAGUGAACUGCGUCUGCAGCCUGAGGAGAACUUCAUACUUAAGGUCACUCAGCUGGAGGAGCUGCUGGCUGUCAGGCACUCUGUGUUUGUAGUAGGUGGACCAGGAACUGGAAAAAGUCAGAUCCUAAAAACACUUUUCAGAACGUAUUUCAACUUGAAGAUGAAACCUGUGUGGAACGACAUCAACCCUAAAGCAGUGACCACAGAUGAGUUGUUUGGAUUUCUGCACCCUGCCACCAGAGAGUGGAAAGAUGGUAAGGUUACUUUGUCAUUUAUUUUAGGUCUGUUGUCCUUGACAAUGAGAGAGUUAACUUCAUUGAUGCAUGAUGGGCCAAAAUGGAUUGUUCUGGAUGGAGAUAUUGACCCAAAGUGGAUUGAGUCCCUGAACACAGUGAUGGAUGACAAUAAGGUUCUGACCUUGGCCAGUAAUGAGAGGAUCAGUUUGUCCCCCUCCAUGCGGUUGCUCUUUGAGAUCUCUCAUCUUAAAGCUGCUACUCCAGCUACUGUUUCCAGAGCAGGAAUUCUCUACGUCAACCCACAGGAUCUCGGCUGGAGCCUUUAUGUGACCAGCUGGAUAGACACUCGGAAGGCUCUGUCAGAGAGAGCCAACCUUACCAUUCUGUUUGAUAAAUAUGUGCCCUACUGUCUGGAACAAGUGCGAUGUAACCUGAAGACCAUCACUCGUGUACCGGAGAACAGCAUGGUGCAGACGCUGUGUUCUUUGUUGGACUGUCUGCUGACUGAGGAGAACACACCCGCCGACUCUCCUCGAGAACUCUAUGAGAUCUACUUUGUCUUUGCCUGUGUCUGGGCUUUUGGUGGCGCUCUCUUCCAGGAUCAUCUGAAUGAUUACCGUGCUGAAUUCAGCCGCUGGUGGUCGAAAGAGAUGCGAGCAGUGAAGUUUCCAUCACAGGGAACAGUCUUUGACUAUUUCAUAGACCCAGAGACCAAAAAGUUCACUCCCUGGAGCGAAAAGAUGCUGCCGUUUGAGAUGGAGCCUGAUCUCCCAUUACAGACCGUACUGGUCCACACACCAGAAACCAUCUGCCUAACCUAUUUCAUCGACCUGCUGAUCCAGAAAGGGAAACCUAUCAUGUUAGUGGGCAACGCAGGAGUGGGCAAGACCAUCCUGGUGUCUGAUAAAGUGGCCAAGCUGAAGGAGGACUACAUGGUGGCCAAGGUCCCCUUCAACUACUACACUACAUCAGCCAUGCUGCAGAGGGUGCUAGAAAAACCUCUGGAGAAGAAAGCCGGUCGUAAAUUUGCUCCUCCCACCUCCAAAAGACUCAUCUACUUCAUAGACGAUCUCAACAUGCCCGCGGUGGACGUGUACGGAACAGUGCAGCCGCACACACUGAUACGACAGCACCUGGACUACAACCACUGGUAUGACCGACAGCGUCUGGUCCUGAAGGAUAUUCAUAACUGUCAGUACAUCACAUGCAUGAACCCAACAGGUGGAAGUUUCUCUAUUAACCCCAGGCUUCAGAGACAUUUCUCUGUGUUUGCUGUACAUUUCCCUGGAGCCGAUGCAUUAGCCACCAUCUUCUCCAGCAUCCUGUCAGCUCACUUCCUUCAUGGGGGAUUCAGCUACGGCAUGUCUCGCUCAGUUGGCACUCUCCUACAGGCAGCUAUUUGUCUGCACCAGAAAAUCAGUCAGAACUUCCUCCCUACAGCCAUACGAUUCCACUACAUCUUCAACCUGCGGGACCUUUCCAACGUCUUUCAGGGCAUCAUGUUUGCCCAGCCAGAGUGUAUCCGUUACCCCAUGGACCUGGUUCAUCUGUGGCUCCACGAGAGCUCCAGAGUUUACUCUGACAAACUGAUGGAUGAGAAGGAUGUGGAGCUAUUUAAUAAAAUCCUGCUGGACACUGGCAAGAGGUUUUUUGAGGGAAUCGAUGAAUCCAUCUUCAUUCACCAGCCUUUGGUGUACUGUCACUUUGCUCACGGAGUGGGAGAACCUCGCUAUCACCAGGCUGCAGACUGGGAGAAACUCCAGAAGACGCUGGCUGAUGCUCUGGAGCAUUAUAAUGAGCUGCACGCUGUCAUGGACCUGGUGCUGUUUGAAGAAGCCAUCCAGCAUGUGUGUCGUAUCAGUCGCAUCUUGGAGGCCCCCUAUGGAAACGCUCUGCUGGUUGGAGUCGGAGGCAGCGGGAAGCAGAGUUUAUGUCGGCUGGCUGCCUUCCUCAGCACACUGGAGGUUUUCCAGAUCACUCUGAGAAAAGGUUACGGCAUCAAUGACCUUAAGAGUGAUAUAGCAGCGCUGUAUAUGAAGGUGGGGGUGAAGAACAUUGGCACCGUGUUCCUUCAUACAGAUGCUCAAAUUCCAGAUGAACGCUUCCUGGUGCUCAUCAAUGACAUGUUGGCCUCAGGUGAUAUUCCUGACCUGUUUAACGAUGAAGACAUGGACACUAUUGUGUCUUCCAUCCGUAUGGAGCUCAGAGGACUGGGACUUAUGGACACAAGGGACAACUGCUGGAGCUUUUUCAUUGAGAGGAUACGACGGCAGCUCAAAGUGGUUCUUUGUUUCUCACCAGUUGGAUUUACACUGCGGACGAGAGCACGGAAAUUCCCCGCGCUGGUGAACUGUACAGCAAUAGACUGGUUUCACCCUUGGCCUCAGCUCGCUCUGCAGUCGGUCAGCACCACUUUCAUAGAGAAGAUACCUGGACUGGAGCCAGAUGUCAGGGCCUCCAUCAGCGAGUUCAUCUCUUACGCCCACACGUGUGUCAACGAGGUGAGUGUCAAGUACCAACAGAACGAGAAGCACUUCAACUACACCACCCCCAAGAGUUUCCUGGAGUUUAUGAAGCUGUACGGCAACCUCCUGGGGACCAAACGCACGGAGCUGACUGAGAAGAUGGAGCGGCUGGAGAACGGACUGCAGAAGCUGCAGUCGACCGCCUCACAGGUGGAGGAUUUGAAGGCCAAAUUAGCAGUGCAGGAGGUGGAGCUUUGGCAGAAGAACUCAGACAUUGAAGCUCUCAUCGCUAAGAUUGGACAGCAGACAGACAAGCUGAACCAGGAGAGGGCUGUGGCUGAUGCUGAGGAGCAGAAGGUUGCUGCAAUUCAAGCUAAAGUGACCAAACAGCAGCAGGAGACAGAGGAUGACUUGGCCAAAGCUGAACCUGCCUUACAGGCAGCUCAUGCAGCCCUAAAUACACUUAACAGGUUAAACCUGACAGAGCUGAGGACGUUCCCCAACCCUCCAGCUAUUGUCACCAACGUGUCGGCAGCUGUCCUCGUCCUCAUGGCUCCUCAAGGCAGAAUCCCUAAAGAUCGCAGCUGGAAGGCCUCCAAGAUGAUUAUGAGCAAGGUGGACGACUUCCUGCAAGCUCUGGUGAACUUUGACAAAGAACACAUCCCCGAGGCCACAGUGAAGUGUGUUAGAGACGAUUACCUCAGUGACCCCGAGUUCAACCCCGAGUUUGUUCGACAUAAAUCCUCUGCUGCCGCAGGGCUCUGUGCCUGGGUCAUCAACAUCGUGCGCUUCCAUGAGGUGGCGUGUGAGGUAGAGAUGAAGAGGAUGUGUUUGGCUCAGGCCAAUGCUGAUCUGGCUGAGGCUGCGGAGAAAUUACAGGUCAUCAGAAGGAAACUUGCUGAGCUGGACAGUCACCUGGAAACCCUGACAAGUGAGUUUGAGAAAGCCACAUCAGAGAAGCUGCGUUUCCAGGAGGAGGUCAACUACACAAACAAGACGAUAGAACUGGCCAAUCGGCUGGUCAAAGGACUUGAGAGUGAGAAUGUGCGUUGGACUCACUCUGUGUCUCAGUACCAUGAACAAGAGGAGACUCUUAGUGGGGACGUUCUCCUCACUGCAGCUUUCAUCUCCUAUGCUGGUCCUUUUUCCAAGAAGUACAGAAGAGAGCUGCUGGAGAACCUCUGGAUGCCAUUUCUGUGCAAUCAGAAGGUCACCAUCCCCAUGACUGAGGCCUUGGAUCCAGUGACAAUGCUGACUGAUGAUGCCAUGGUGGCCCAGUGGAACAACGAAGGUCUACCAGGAGAUAAAAUGUCCACUCAGAACGCAUCCAUCCUUACCAACUGCGAGCGCUGGCCUCUCCUUAUUGACCCUCAGCUGCAGGGCAUCAAGUGGAUCAAGAGUCACUAUGACAACAACCUCAAAGUCAUCAGUCUUGGGCAGCGAGGGUACGUAGAUGUAAUAGAACAGGCUGUAGUGGCCGGGGACACGGUCCUCAUUGAGAACCUUGAGGAGACCAUUGACCCUGUUAUUGACCCUCUGCUGGGACGACACACGAUCAAGAAGGGCAGUUGUAUCAAAGUUGGAGACAAGGAGUGUUUCUUCCACCCAAGCUUCAGACUGAUCCUUCACACUAAACUGGCCAACCCUCACUACAAACCAGAGAUUCAGGCUCAAACCACACUGAUAAAUUUCACUGUGACCAGAGAUGGACUGGAGGACCAGCUCCUGGCCCAGGUCGUAAAUCAGGAGAGACCAGACCUGGAGAGACUCAAGAUUGAACUGACCAAACAGCAGAACAUGUUCAAGAUUGAGCUGAAGUUCCUGGAGGACGAGCUCCUGACCAGGUUGUCUGCUGCCGACAGUAACUUCCUGGGUGACAACGUGUUGGUAGAGAGGCUGGAGACCACCAAACACACUGCUGCUGAGAUUGAGAUGAAGGUCCAGGAAGCUAAAGUGAAUGAAGUGAAGAUAAACGAGGCCAGAGAACAUUACCGGCCCGUUGCUGUCAGAGCCUCUCUUCUCUACUUUAUCAUGAACGAUCUCAACAAGAUAAAUCCAAUGUAUCAGUUCAGCCUCAAGGCCUUCAACGUGGUUUUUCACAAAGCUGUGGAGAUGGCAGACCCCUUUGAGGACGUGAAGAUCAGAGUCCACACCCUGAUCGACUGUGUCACCUACUCCUCCUUCAACUACAUCAGCAGGGGCCUGUUUGAGAGAGACAAGCUGACCUUCACUGCACAGCUGGCCUUUCAGCUGCUCCUGAUGAGUAAAGAGAUAGAUGUGAGAGAGCUGGACUUCCUGCUUCGUUUCAACAUCGACCACCAGUACGUCAGCCCCGUUGAGUUUCUGUCCAACUCAGCAUGGAGCGCCAUUAAGGUACAAAGAGGGUUCGUCAGCUCUCAGAAGUUAAUUACACCUGACACUGUUUUGGGUUUCUUUUUAUCUGAGCAGGUAAUGAGUUUCACGGAUGAAUUCCGAGGUCUGGACCGGGAUAUCGAGGGAUCUCCAAAACGCUGGAAGAAACUGGUGGAGUCGGAGUCUCCAGAGAAGGAGAAGUUUCCUCAGGAAUGGAAAGGAAAAAGCUCCCUGCAGAAGCUCAUCAUGAUGAGAGCCCUGAGACCUGACAGAAUGACCUACGCCCUUAGGAACUUUGUGGAAGAGAAACUCGGAGUUAAAUACACAGAGGGUCGGAAAACUGAGUUUGCAAAGUCCUUCAAAGAGAGUGGUCCAGCUUCACCUGUCGUCUUCAUCCUCUCUCCUGGAGUUGAUCCACUCAAAGAUGUGGAGUCUUUGGGAAGCAAGCUUGGUUUUACUAUUGACCUCGGGAAGCUUCACAAUGUGUCCUUGGGUCAAGGUCAAGAGGCCGUGGCUGAGAGUGCCAUGGAGAAGGCAGCCAAGGAGGGUCACUGGGUCAUAUUGCAGAACAUCCACCUGGUUGGUCGGUGGCUGGGUUCACUGGAGAAGCUCCUGGAGCGCUGCUGUGCAGACAGUCAUCCUGACUACAGAGUGUUCAUGAGCGCCGAGCCUGCACCAACACCUCAGGACCACAUCAUCCCUCAGGGAAUUCUAGAGAACGCCAUCAAGAUCACCAAUGAACCUCCUACUGGAAUGCACGCUAACCUGCAUUCAGCUCUGGAUAACUUUGACCAGGACAUGCUGGACCAGUGCAGUCGUGAGCAGGAGUUUAAGACCAUCCUCUUCUCCCUGUGCUACUUUCAUGCCUGUGUGGCAGAGAGAAGAAAGUUUGGUCCUCAGGGAUGGAACAAAAAAUAUCCCUUCAACACCGGAGAUCUGACCAUAUCAGUGAACGUCCUCUACAACUACCUGGAGGCCAACGCACAGGUGCCCUGGGAGGACCUGAGGUAUCUGUUUGGGGAGAUUAUGUACGGAGGACACAUCACCGACGACUGGGACAGACGACUUUGUAGGACGUACCUGGAAGAAUACAUGCAGCCCAACCAGUUUGACCGGAAGCUAACCCUGGGUGCAGGCUUCUUUGUCCCCUCCAAUCUGGACUAUCAGGGUUACCAUGACUUCAUAGAUGAGAUGCUGCCCCACGAGAGCCCAGUGCAUUAUGGGUUGCACCCCAAUGCCGAAAUUGAAUUCCUGACGGUGACAUCAGAUAAACUUUUUCACACACUGCUGGAGCUGCAGUCUCCUGAUGCGGUGAUGGGUGAGGGGGCCUCACAGACCCUGGAGGAGAAGGUGAAAACAAUAUUGGACGAGGUUCUGGAGAAGUUACCAGAGGAGUACAAUAUGUCAGACAUCACCUCGAAAACGGCGGAGCGUUCUCCAUACAUCCUGGUCUGUUUCCAGGAGUGUGAGCGCAUGAAUACUCUCAUCUCCGAAAUACGACGUUCGCUCAAAGAACUGGACCUCGGACUGAAGGGUGAACUUGCCAUCUCCUCUGAAAUGGAGAAGCUGCAGACGGCCUUGUUCUUUGAUAAUGUCCCCGACACUUGGACAAAGCUAGCUUAUCCUUCCACCUACAGCCUGGCUAUAUGGUACAAUGACGUGCUGCAGCGCUGCAAAGAGCUGGACAGCUGGACUCAGGACUUGUCUCUACCAAGUGUCGUCUGGUUGUCUGGACUUUUUAAUCCACAGUCUUUCCUCACAGCUGUAAUGCAGUCUCUGGCGCGGAAGAAUGAGUGGCCACUGGAUAAAGUGAAACUGACAGUGGACGUGACCAAGAAGUUUAAGGAGGAGUUCAAUCAGCCUGCAAGAGAGGGGGCGUAUGUCUACGGACUUUACAUGGAGGGUGCCAGAUGGGACAUUCAGGCUGGCGUCAUCACCGAGGCUCGUUUGAAAGAUCUGACCCCGCCCAUGCCUGUGAUCUCGGUCCGAGCUGUUCCCAGUGAUCGCCACGAGACUAGGAAUAUCUACGAGUGUCCUCUCUACAAGACCAAGAUCAGAGGGCCCACUUAUGUUUGGACUUUUAGCCUAAAGACUCGUGAGCGUCCCGCAAAGUGGGUACUGGCUGGAGUGGCCCUGCUUCUCAGUGUCUGAAGAUCAACAAGGAGACGGGGAUUGAAAGGUAAACAC